AUUGGUGAACAAUUUCAUUCUGGUGUCAAAAUGGGACCAAUGUCCUUGUUUCGUACCAGGUGAUUAACCUUCAAACGCCGUCGUUUUAAGAGAGGCAGUUCUGUUAUGCAAUGGUUACCGUUUUACCUGAACAAUUUCUUUCGUUCUCUUCUCUGCUUUGUUCUUCUCAAUUUUCCUGAGAAUUUCGUGAACGAACCUCACUCUGCAUAUCCGCUAUGGCUUCAGGUUCAGAUUUCGCUUUAGCAUCCUCUUCUGAACUCGAGUCAAUUUUGAGGUUGAAGACUGUUGAUUACUUUGUGACCAGGAGGCCAUGGCUUGAUCUUUAUGGAAUUAAUGUGAGACCUGUUGCACCAUUUGGAAGUAUAAGUAGAAAGCCUUAUGUGGAUUCUGCACUUAUACAUCGUUGCUUACCGGAUGAGCUGCUCUUUGAGGUCUUUGCUCGAAUGACUCCAUAUGACAUGGGGAAAGCAUCUUGUGUAUGUCGAAAAUGGAAGUAUACAAUUCGUAACCCUGUAUUUUGGCGCCAUGCCUGCUUGAAGGCUUGGCAGUUUUCUGGAGUGGUAGAAAACUAUAAGAUACUUCAGUCUAAAUAUGAUGGCUCAUGGCGGAAAAUGUGGCUCUUACGACCAAGGUUGAGAACUGAUGGUCUUUAUGUGAGUAGAAAUACCUACAUUCGAGCCGGAGUUGCGGAGUGGAAAAUCACUAAUCCAGUUCAUGUGGUUUGCUAUUUUCGGUACAUUAGAUUUUUUCCUUCUGGGCGAUUUCUUUACAAGAAUUCUUCUCAAAAGGUCAAGGAUGUAGUGAAGUGCAUGAACUUCCGAUCAUCUAAAGCAGAAUGUGUUUUCGGUGGGAACUACACAUUGUCAGAUGAUAAGGUUGAAGCUGCUGUCUUGUAUCCAGGCUUGCGACCUACUGUUUUGAGGAUACGCUUGAGGUUGAGGGGAACAGCUACAGGGGCUAACAAUCGGAUGGAUUUGAUCUCACUUGUCACUAGUGGUGUGAACAGUAAUGAGGCAAGUGCUCCUGAGGAGGACAUUCUUGGAGUUGUUGAUGGAUGGCAGGAUGAUGAAACACACAACCCAGAUGUGCCAGCAGUCUCACAUAAAAGGGGCAUGACUCCCUUUGUCUUUGUUCCAUUUGAAGAGGUGGAGACAUCUGUUUUGAAUCUGCCUGUGGAGAAGAUGGAUUAUUAUGUACCUGGUUGAGUGGUGCUUCGGAAUAAAACUGGUUCUUUUGUUGUAUGUAUUUCAUAAUAAGUUCCAAUAUAAGGUCAUGUAUUAAUGUGUGUGUAAUGUAUGACAGUGCGACGAUGAGAUUGAUUCACGUUGCUGAAUCAUCUUUAAUGUUCUGCUCUAUACUGCUAGAUAAAUGUAAAGACAACGCUUUGUACAUAACAGGAAUAAUUAUAAUUUGUUUAAAUCAUGGAUUUACUGGAUUCA